AUGGCAGCGACGUCGAGCAUGUUCAUGUAUUCUCUUACGAUCCAGCCCCCUUCCUCCAUAACACAGACGAUACUCGGGCAGUUUGCGGGUACCAAAGAGCAACAGAUAGUGACGGCCUCUGGCUCUCGACUCACCAUCCACCGGCCAGACCCUGCCCAGGGCAAAAUCACAACAAUCCUAUCUCAAGACUUGUUUGGCAUCAUACGGACACUGGCAGCAUUCAGACUAGCGGGUAGUAACAAAGAUUAUAUCAUCAUAGGAUCCGACUCCGGACGUAUCACCAUAAUCGAAUACGUCCCUUCCCAAAAUCGUUUCAAUCGAUUACACCUCGAGACAUUUGGCAAAUCAGGUAUCCGGCGGGUAAUACCAGGACAGUAUCUUGCAGUGGACCCCAAGGGUAGGGCAUGCCUCAUAGCGUCGGUCGAAAAAAACAAACUCGUCUACGUUCUAAAUCGAGACGCACAGGCUGAAUUAACGAUAUCCUCUCCACUCGAGGCCCAUAAAGCACAGACAUUGGUGUUCGCACUUGUUGGACUUGACGUUGGAUACGAAAACCCUGUUUUCGCGGCUCUGGAAGUCGACUACACAGAAUGUGAUCAAGAUUCAACAGGUCAAGCUUUUGAUGACUUGGAGAAACACUUGGUCUACUACGAGCUUGAUCUAGGACUUAAUCAUGUCGUCCGGAAAUGGACUGAUCCUGUGGAUCGGACAGCAACCAUGUUAUUCCAGGUUCCUGGGGGUGCAGAUGGUCCCAGUGGAGUCCUUGUGUGCGGUCUGGACAACAUCACCUACAGGCAUUCCAACCAAGACCCAUUUCGAGUGGCCAUUCCAAGGCGAAGAGGAGCCACAGAAAACCCUGAGCGCAAAAGGUACAUUAUCGCUGGUGUCAUGCACAAAAUGCGAGGAGCUUUCUUCUUCCUGCUGCAGAGCGAGGACGGAGAUAUGUUCAAAGUCACGCUUGAAAUGGUAGAAGAUGAAGCCGGCCAACCAACUGGUGAAGUGAAAAAGCUGAAGAUCAAGUACUUCGACACUGUUCCUAUAGCCACCAACCUUUGCAUCCUCAAAAGCGGGUUUCUUUUCGUUGCAAGCGAAACAGGCAACCAUCAUUUUUACCAGUUUGAGAAGCUCGGGGACGACGAUGAAGAGACCGAGUUCGAUAGCGACUUGUUUCCCGUGGACCCGACCGAAAAGUACGAAGCAAUUUACUUCCAUCCGCGAGGAGCUGAAAAUGUCAACCUGGUAGAAAGCAUUGAUUCGAUGAAUCCUCAGCUGGACUGCAAAGUUGCAAAUCUUACGGAAGAGGACGCGCCUCAAAUAUACUCUAUUUGUGGGAGUGGGGCACGAAGUUCUUUUCGGACGCUCAAACAUGGCUUGGAGGUCAACGACAUUGUGGAUUCGGAGUUACCCUAUGUUCCGUCCGCUGUCUGGACUACCAAGAUCACCCGCGGCGACGAAUACGAUGCUUACAUUGUGCUCUCUUUCAACAAUGGGACCUUGGUCUUGAGCAUUGGUGAGACAGUAGAAGAAGUCACCGACACCGGAUUUCUUUCAUCUGCUCCAACACUCGCAGUCCAACAGCUUGGCGAAGAUGCUUUGAUUCAAGUACACCCGAAAGGGAUCAGGCAUAUCAGAGCAGAUCGGCGAGUCAACGAAUGGCCAGCACCUCAACAUCGAUCUAUUGUUGCAGCAACAACAAAUGAGCGACAAGUUGCGGUGGCCUUGAGUUCUGGGGAGAUUGUAUACUUCGAGAUGGAUCAAGACGGAUCUCUAGCAGAGUACGACGAAAAGCGAGAGAUGAGCGGUACUGUAACAUGCUUGAGUCUCGGUGAAGUUCCAGAAGGCCGUGUCCGAAGCCAGUUCCUCGCUGUCGGCUGCGAUGACUCCACCGUACGAAUAUUGAGUCUGGAUCCGGACUCUACAUUAGAGAACAAGUCUGUUCAAGCCUUGACUUCCGCGCCGAGCGCGCUUGCAGUCAUGGCAAUGGCAGAUUCAACAUCCGGUGGAUCCACGCUUUAUUUGCAUAUAGGUCUCUAUUCCGGCGUUUAUCUUCGCACAGUCCUCGAUGAAGUCACUGGUGAGCUCUCAGACACGCGAACGCGCUUCCUCGGUCCUAAACCUGCCAAGCUGUUUCGAGUGUCUGUCAAAGGGCAGGCAUCUGUUCUUGCACUGAGCUCUCGGCCAUGGCUUGGAUAUUCUGAUCCCCAGACGAAAGGCUUCAUGCUCACGCCUUUAGACUACGUUGGAUUAGAAUACGCUUCGAACUUCAGCAGUGAGCAGUGUCCGGAGGGGAUGGUCGGAAUCGAGGGGAAGAGCUUGAGAAUCUUCUCCAUCGACAAGCUGGGCAAUAAUCUUCUCCAACAGUCGAUUCCCCUUACGUACACCCCGCGAAAGUUUGUUCGCCAUCCAGACCAACCUCUGUUCUAUACCAUUGAAGCCGAUAACAAUACCCUUUCCCCAUCCACUAAGCAACGACUUUUGAAUGAUUCCAACCUUACUAAUGGUGACGCCGCUGAGCUCCCACCCGACGAAUUUGGCUAUCCUCGUGCUCAAGGCCAUUGGGCGUCGUGUAUACAUAUCAUUGAUCCCGUAAUCGCCAAAGCGGUUCUUCAGCAGAUCGAUCUAGAAGACAACGAGGUUGCUGUCAGUAUAGCGGCUGUUUCAUUCUCGAGUCAGGAUGAUGAAACAUUCCUUAUAGUUGGUACCGGAAAAGACGUAGUGGUAGCUCCGCGAUCAUUUACUGCCGGCUUCAUCUAUGUCUACCGCUUCCUCGAAGAUGGCAAAGAGCUAGAAUUCAUCCACAAAACCAAAAUUGAGGAACCACCGCAAGCACUGCUUGGUUUUCAAGGUCGUCUUUUAGCCGGGGUUGGCAAUGAGCUUCGCAUAUACGACCUAGGUCUCAAACAGCUGCUACGAAAAUGCCAAGCCCAAGUGGUGCCUAAUCUUGUCGUUGGUCUACAAACCCAAGGCAGCCGCAUCAUCGUCAGCGACGUGCAGGAGAGUGUUGUUUACGUUGUCUACAAAUUUCAAGAAAAUCGCUUGAUAGCCUUCGUGGAUGACGUGAUUGCAAGAUGGACGACAUGCAGUACCAUGGUCGACUAUGAGACCGUUGCUGGUGGCGAUAAGUUUGGAAACAUUUGGCUGCUACGCUGCCCUCAAAAGGCCUCCGAAGAAGCUGACGAGGAUGGCUCGGGCGCUCAUCUCAUUCACGAAAGGCAGUACCUUCAAGGCGCGCCCAAUCGCAUUUCCUUGAUGUGUCACUUUUUUGCGCAAGAUGUGCCUACAAGUAUACAAAAGACGCAGCUGGUGGCUGGAGGACGGGAUGUCCUUGUUUGGACGGGCUUGCAAGGGACUUUAGGUAUUUUUGUGCCAUUCGUCAGCCGAGAAGACGUGGACUUUUUCCAGACACUGGAGCAACAUUUGAGAAGUGAAGACGCACCCCUGGCCGGUCGAGAUCAUCUCAUCUAUCGGGGAUAUUAUGCGCCGGUCAAGGGAAUGAUCGAUGGAGACUUAUGCGAGCGGUACGCGUUGCUGCCCAGCGACAAGAAGCAGAUGAUUGCUGGAGAGCUGGACAGGUCGGUACGAGAGAUCGAGCGCAAGAUAUCUGAUAUGCGAACAAGAGUAGCUUACUGA